GCGCUCUCCUUCUCUCCCUUUCAAGUGUUAUCACGUGCGUGAGCUAAAUUCUACAAUCAGUGUAGGGUUGCACAAACAGAUUUAGGUUCCAAACUGUUUCAUUUCUCAGCGAGAAUGUUGUGAAAACUCGGUCUGAUAGAGGUCAAACAUUGAGAUAAUUGGAACUGUGAUGAUGACAAGAGGCGGGAAGAAGAACUUUUGAGAAAUACCUUCUUCUAUGACCUUUAAUAACCGGUGGCUUUACUGCCUUCAUCCAUAUGAGAAGUUUCCCCUGAGCUCGAGACAUCUGCCGCGCACUCUGCGCUGUCCAAACUCUCUGCCACCGGGAAUAUUACGCGCGUUUUUGUCAUAGGUUGUUGUAUUACCACAUUGGGAAAUAUAGGGCGAUUGUUUCGUGGUAGACUUGGGUUGCAUGCAUCAAUGCCAAGAAAUUUCAUUAGGGGAACUUUGCCCAAGGAAAACGAGAGCCAUCUGUGUAGGAUGGAGCCGGUGGCCAAGGAGAGAGGAACAACAGAGAAUGGAGGCAGCUCCUCUACGAGGGAGCAACGCUCCUCCUGCUCCAGCCUCAAGAUGUUCCUUGUGGCCCUAUCGUUUGCCUACUUUGCCAAGGCCUUGUCUGGCAGCUACAUGAAGAGCACAAUAACCCAGCUGGAGAGGCGCUUUGACAUCCCCAGUUACCUAACAGGCGUCAUCGACGGGAGCUUUGAGAUAGGUAACCUGUUGGUGAUAGCAUUCGUGAGUUAUUUCGGUGCAAAGCUGCAUCGGCCCAAGAUCAUAGCAAUGGGCUGUGUACUGAUGGCAGUGGGAACAUUCAUCAUCGCUCUGCCACACUUCCUCAUCGGACGCUAUAAGUUCGAAACGUCAAUCCGAUCGUCAGUGAAUUCAACCAAUAACCUCUCUCCAUGUCCAGCGCGCCUGUUGUCACCCUCCUCGCAAGCUUCGGGUGACCCGCUUUCUGAGGCACCAAGCACAGGGACAGUAGGUUGUGAAGGAGAGUCCAACCUCUCCAUGUGGAUCUAUGUGUUCCUGGGGAACGUCUUACGAGGGAUCGGGGAGACUCCAGUGCAGCCCCUUGGGAUCUCGUAUAUAGAUGAUUUCGCCAGGGAGGAAAAUGCUGCAUUUUACAUUGGCUGCGUUCAGACCAUAGCAGUCAUUGGUCCUGUGUUUGGCUAUUUACUGGGAUCUCUGUGUGCCAAAAUAUAUGUGGACAUUGGAUUUGUCAACAUGGAGAGUAUCACCAUAAGCCCCGGUGAUGCUCGCUGGGUGGGGGCCUGGUGGUUAGGUUACCUUAUUGCUGGGGUAAUCACCCUGCUUUCAGCCAUCCCCUUUUGGUUCCUGCCCCGUUCCCUGCCCAUCCCGUCAGACCGAGGCCCAGCCCAGUGCACCCCGGAGCGUACUAGCUUCAUCAAAGACCCCCCUCUCCUGGAGCAUAAGUACCAAGCCGACGAGCCAGCUGGCUUUCUGGAGAUGGCCAAAGAUUUCAUACCAACGUUGAAAACCCUCCUGGGGAACCCAGUGUACUUCAUCUACCUGUGUGUGACCAUCAUUCAGCUGAACUCUCUCAUCGGCAUGGUAACCUACAAGCCCAAGUACAUAGAACAACAUUACGGACAGUCCGCAUCAAAAGCCAAUUUCCUGAUGGGUACAAUCAACAUCCCUGCCGUGGCGUUGGGAAUUUUCACUGGCGGCCUGCUCAUGAAGAGGCUGAAGCUGAGCAUCAUGGGAGCAGCCAAGUUUGCGUUCGGCACCUCUCUGAUAGGCUACUUCCUAUCCCUCUUCUUCUUCGUCAUGAGCUGCGAGAACAUCAAAGUGGCUGGGAUCACGCUGCCCUACAACAGGGUGGGUGGUGUAUCGUAUGAGGAGCGCUCAGUAUUCUCAGCCUGUAACUCCGACUGUGUUUGUUCAGGCAGAGACUGGGACCCUGUCUGUGGAGAGAACGGCAUCACGUACGUCUCUCCCUGCCUGGCUGGCUGCCAGACCUCCACAGGAUCAGGGAAGAACACGGUGUUCUCUAACUGUAGCUGUGUGGUGGCAGCAGGAAUGAGCAGUGGUAACCUGACAGCCAGUGUAGGCCACUGUCCUCACAGAGACGACUGUGACCGUGUCUUCCCUUACUUCCUGGCUCUUUCUGUCAUCACUUCCUUUAUCAUCUCCCUGGGUGGCACGCCAGGCUACAUGGUCCUCAUCAGGUGUAUCAAGCCUCAACUGAAGUCCUUAGCUCUGGGGUUCCAUACUCUGUCCACACGUACACUUGCGGGCAUCCCAGCGCCCAUCUACUUUGGGGCGAUCAUCGACACCACGUGUCUGAAGUGGGGCCAGAAGAGAUGCGGAGGGAGAGGAGCCUGUCGGAUAUAUAACACUACAGCAUAUAGGAUAGCUUACCUGGGUCUGACUAUGGGCCUGAGGACAGUUUCCUUUCUGCUGUGUAUACUGGGAUUCGUGCUGCUCAAACAACACCUGCGGAGAGAGGAAUGCAGCGCCCACCAAGUGGCCAAUGGCGGAGCAGAACUGGAGGCACUCAGGAAAGAGGAGGUCCUAGCCUCCAACUCGGACCAAUCGCUACAGACUUCCACAACAGACUACAACAACACAGAGAGAGAGACACGGCUGUGACAGUUUGAGACACAAUCUCCCCUGAUCCCUCACGUUACACACAGACACACACAAACACUAGAUUUGCAGGAACCAACAACGGGCUGUGCCUGACCAUCUCAUCUCAUAGAACAUAAAUGAUGUAUUUGUACUGUACCUGUCAAGGUUAUGUAUAUUUAAAAAUAUACAGUUGAAGUCAGAAGUUUACAUACACCUUAGCCAAAUACAUUUAAACUCAGUUUUCACAAUUCCUGACAUUUAAUCCUAGUAAAAAUUCCCUGUCUUAGGUCAGCACUUUAUUUUAAGAAUGUGAAAUGUCAGAAUAAUAGUAGAAUGAUUUAUUUCAGCUUUUAUUUAUUUUAACACAUUCCCAGUGGGUCAGAAGUUUACAUACACUCAAUUAGUAUUUGGUAGCAUUGCCUUUAAAUUGUUUCACUUGGGUCAAACAUUUCGGGUAGCCUUCUACAAGCUUCCCACAAUAAAUUGAGUGAACUUUGUCCCAUUCCUCCUGACAGAGCUUGUGUAACUGAGUCAGGUUUGAAGGCCUCCUUGCUCGCACACACUUUUUCAGUUCUGCCCACAAAUUUUCAAUAGGAUUGAGGUCAGGGCUUUGUGAUGGCCACUCCAGUACAUUGACUUUGUUGUUCUUAAGCCAUUUUUCCACAACUUUGUAAGUAUGCUUGGGGUCAUUGUCCAUUUGGAAGACCUAUUUGCGACCAAGCUUUAACUUCAUGAUGUCUUGAGAUGUUGCUUCAAUAUAUCCACAAUUUCCAUCCACAUAAUUUUCCAUCUAUUUUGUGAAGUGCACCAGUCCCCCACAACAUGAUGCUGCCACCCCCGUGCCUCACUGUUGGGAUGGUGUUCUUCGGCUUGCAAGCCUCCCCCUUUUUCCUCCAAACAUAACGAUGGUCAUUAUGGCCAAACAGUUCUAUUUUUGUUCCAUUGACCAGAGGACAUUUCUCUAAAAAGUACAAUCUUUGUCCCGAUGUGCAGUUGUAAGCUGUAGUCUGUUUUUUUAUGGUGGUUUUGGAGCAGUGGCAUCUUCCUUGCUGAGAGGUCUUUCAUGUUAUACCUUCAGGCGUUUGGAAAUUGCUCCCAAGGAUAAACCAGACAUGCAGAGGUCUACAAUUUUGUUUUCUGAGGUCUUGGCUGAUUUCUUUUGAUUUUCCCAUGAUGUCAAGCCAAGAGGCACUGAGUUUGAAGGUGAGCCUUGAAAUACAUCCACAGGUACACCUCCAAUUGACUCAAAUUAUGUCAAUUAGCCUAUCAGAAGCUUCUAAAGCCAUGACAUAAUUUUCUGGAAUUUCCCAAGCUGUUUAAAGGCCCAGUCAACUUAGUGUAUGUAAACUUCUGACCCACUGGAAUUGUGAUAGUCAAUUAUAGGUGAAAUAAUCCGUCUGUAAACAAUUGCUGGAAAGAUUAUUUGUGUCAUGCACAAAGCAGAUGUCCUAACCGACUUGCCAAACCUAUAGUUUGUUAACAAGAAAUUUGUGGAGUGGUUGAAAAAUGAGUUUUAAUGACUCCGACCUAAGUGUAUGUAAACUUCCGACUUCAGCUGUAUAUGUUUUUGAUAUAACUGAAGUAUUUCAUAGAUGUACCUGCUGUAUUUUACAAAACCACAAAUGUAAUUACAUAGAAUGUCAUCUUUGUUGUUGGUACAAAGAAAGUAUUUAAUUGGAUUUGUUAACAAUUGGUUAAUUGUUUUUACUGCAGCAAGAGUCCAGUUUCGGUCACUGAGUAUUUUUGUAACAACUCUCAAGGUAGUCUACAUUAUAAUAUUGUUAGAAAGCUUCAAUCUGUUGAAAGAGAAUGUCAGACAUUCUGCGCUUCUCUACUGUAACAUUGCCAAAUUGUGAUCUCAAUAGCCCUGCUUAUACCUGGUUUUAACAUGCACACUUAUACACAGCAAAUUGGUUAGUGUUACCUAGUGUUGAUAUUUCUGUUUAACAUUUGGAGUGUUGAUUCAGGUGGUUUAAAAGAAUCCCGCUGUUGGUAUUAAUUAAUAACUAGUGGUAAACCAAAACCACACCCAUCAGUAUCAUAUUUCCCAGCAUGCUCUUACUGCAGGUAGAUUUCUUGGAAAUGUUUGUUUCGAUAUCUCUGUUUUUGCAUGUACAUUUAUUGAUUAAAUAGUUUGAUUCAACUCAAAUAUAACAUGCAUUUUUCUAAACUAAUCAAAUAUGUUACUUGGAUUUAUUGUACCCGGCACUGAAAUGGUUGUUCCAGUUUCAAUUCUUUAGGUUGUCUCAUCUCUUAUCCUUCCCAAACCAGUAAUCGGUGAACAAAAAUUCAAAAUGUUGGCUAUCCCCACUCUGGCUGGAUUACAAUAGGAAUUACACAUCACAGCAAUAUGUGACCUGCAGGCCUGAUUUUCCAUGUAAAUCACAAAUUUAUGGCAUCUGAUUUAUGGUUAAAUAAUUACAUUUAAAUGAUAACAUAAUUAACUUAAGAUCUCACUUCAUGAAGGCUAUAGGAUUGAAAACAGAUGAAUGCAACAACCAUGUCUCUGUCAUGGGUGGUAUCUCUGCAAUUUACUUAAAAGGCAAGGCACUCUGGGAAAUAUGCAAAUAAUGCUUUACACUAAGCAGUGUGUUAAUUUACACUGAAAAGAGUGGACUGGUAUAGACAUUGCACCAGUGUUAAAUGUAACAUUCUCAGUGUUGAUUUAACACUGGAGAUUUUGCUGUGUAAGAUCUGAUCACAAUACACCUUUUAAUUGUCUACACCGGUCUAAAAAUGUGGGCACCAACAGAAUGUCGACAAAAUCAGGACAAAGGACACAUUAGCACCAGGUAUAAACAGGGCUACUCUUCAUCAUGUCUGUGUGACUGUUAUGCUACAGGAGAUGCCACUGUGCCAGUUUACCGUAGCUGUUCUCUGCCUAAGGUGUGUUGCAGGAGUGUUCCUAUUUCAGUUCUGAUCAAAUCCACUAGGUGGCAGUAUUGCAUACUGGUAGUAAAUCCAUCUCGGACUUGAAAAUGUCAGUAUUAUUACAAUGAAUUGUGAUACAAUUAACAACUCAAAGAUCAUUAUAGAUAUAAAAUGCACAUCCACUGGACCACUACACUGUCUACCAUCAGUGACUAUCCACUGUAGGUGCCAUAUUCAUUAAGAGAAGUAAAGCAGAUUUGCAUAAUUUAUUGGUCAGUCUGUCUGAGUGUGUAUAAAUUGUGUACGUAUGUUUGAAAGUUUUAGGGCUCUAUUUAAUCUGUAUUGCUGAAGCUUUACAAUUGCGAGAGAGAAAUGUAAAGGUAAUUUCCGAUUGAGCAGCGUUUACCAUGUAUGCAGUCGCUACUACAUUUGGAAUAUUGCCUUUAUAUUUUAAAAACACUGACGCUGAAUUUCCCGCAAUACUGAUUGAAUAGAGCCCUUAAUGUGCCAAAAUCUCUGAACAAAAACACCAUGGUCAAUUCUCAGGUUGUUCCUAAAUUAGUGAAUAAACAUGUCUUUAUAUUAUACAGGUGAAUAUUUCAAUCACUUGGAUUGGUGGACCAAAUAUAUGUUGAUUUGGCAAGAGAUACCAAGAAACUUUUAUUUUGAAUGGCUUUGUUUUGUGAAGCAAAUUAAAUUAAAUGGAUGUCA